GGUGGCUGACCUGUACCUGUGCCCGGUGUUCGCGUGGGGCACGGACGAGCAGUGGGAGUUCGGGCUGCAGCGCGUCGUCAACUUCCCCAAGGAGCGAGAGCCCGAGGAGCGCAACAUGCUGCUGGCGAAGGUCGCCGGCUGCGCGCGCGACCCGCAGCGCAUCGAAAGGAUCCUGAAUGCAUCCAUCCUGGAAACGGACAGUAACUUCACUAUUUCUGACGUUCGCAAUAUUGCCAACGUGCUCUCUGGUAACGCUUAUGGCCACGCCGCACUUUUCAGUUUCCUCUCAGAGCAUUGGGACGCUGUCAAAGAGCGUUGUUCUGAAGAACCCGGUAUGUGGGAAUAUUUUGUUUCAAGAGCACUUUCCAACUUCAAAACCCAAGAAGGGUUGGACUUGGUGUCUGAGCUCUAUGUGUCACGCAUGGGACAAUUUGGCCCUGCAGAACCUAUUGUUGAAGAGGCAUUGAAGACAAUAAAAGAAGAAGCAGAAUGGAGCAAUGAGAAUCUACCAGACAUGGAGCACUGGCUGGAUGCUCAUCUGGAUCAGUGAGCCAGUCAUUUUCUUUCAUUUAUUUAAGUGUAGUGUAAAGUUUGUGUAGGUAGUCGUAAAAUGAAUUGAAUAGCUAUCGUUGUGUAGAAGGUGUUUGGUGUGUAUAGCUGUCAAUUGUGUUUGUGUAUUGUUGGAUGAAUGAUGUGGUGCUAAGUGAUAAAAAUGUGUUAUUUUUAAAUGUAUUAACAUUAAUAUUUACUGUAGAAGUAAUAGAGUGUAUGCUUUAUUUUCGUACAAAUAUAAUUAGCGAAUACAUCUAAUAUCAUAGUAUUUAAUAAUUCUGAUAAAUGCUCAAGAAUUCAGACUGUCAAAUGUUUAUGUGAAACUCAAAAAGAGAAAAGGUAACAACAAACUAUGUUCACCAGUUUUUACAUAUGAAGAAAGGAAAUGAAAGGAAUUAUGAAAUGUAACUUGUGUUUAUAAAACUUU